AUGAAUUUGCUAAAAGGUGUCACAAUGCGCUGCCGCAUUAGCCGUGAUAAGCGUGGCGUCGAUCGCGGAAUCUAUCCUACCUACUUUUUGCAUUUGGAAAGAGAGGAUGAUCGUCGUUUUUUCCUACUAGCAGCUCGUCGACGGAAGCGUUCAGCCACCAGCAAUUACUUAAUAUCCUGUGACGCUACCGAUCUGUCACGUGAUGGCGAUGCUUAUGUCGGCAAAUUGAGGGCCAAUUUUCUUGGCACUCAAUUCAUCAUUUACGGUAAUGGUCGGUCCAGUCAACCUUUAGCAUCUCCGACUUCUGAUUUGAUAACUGGAAUACUCCGUUCCAGCACAGACGACUCAACUGUUGCGGUAAUAGAAGAGAACAAGACUCUGAGUCCUGCUCAACUGGCUGGAGGCAAGUCAAGAACUAAUGGAAUUCACAGUAGCGUCUGCAGUAGCGCCAGUAGUAAUGGAGAGAGUGCUAAGGCAGCACUCUCUUCCUCAAGUUCUACAGAAAUCAGCACCCCUGGACACGUUAGUGAUUCAGGCGAACAGAGGAGAGAGUUAGCCGCUAUACUCUAUGUAGGUCUGCUUGUCUAA